CGUGUUGUGUGCUAGCAGACACGUACAGCUCACAGGCGAUCUGUAACUAUACCAAGGUACUGCAGUCCCCCAUUAACUAUUUUAAGUGACCAAGCGAUGUCCCUGAGCAGGCAGAACCAGCACGCCAUAUCCACUAACCAAACAAUCAGUGGAGCGUUAGACCAUAUACAACAGUGGGAGUCUUUACCACCGUUCCCGUGAUCCCUUCAACGCCAAGCCUACGGAGGUAACCAACGUGAAAGGGAAAUGGAGGAGGAGGAAUAUCACCUACAGAAUGGGAACAACAACCAGUGUAACGAUGACCCCGACUACCCCCGGGCUGGUCACUGUCGGAUGGACAGGAGACGGACCUCAUACGCGUACCGAGCCGUGCUGGCUGUAGAGAAUGUGGCCCGCCGGAUGUCUGUACCAUCUUUUACUGUGGACACGAUUGCACAAAACUUGGAGGAAGAAAUUGAGAGGGACUCCGAAGACCCAAAAGGAAAUUUGGAAAAAAUACGGAGGUCUGGAGAACAAAUCCUUCACAACAAGAAGGUCUUACUAAUGAUUGUCGUACUGAACAUCCUAGACUGUGCCUUAGUGUUGGGGGAGCUCAUCCUCGACAUACAUUUUAUCAAAGAGAUGGUACAUGAAGCUCGAGGCCUGAUAUUGAAGUUUACUAGAAUAUUACUGGAAAAAUUCCCCGCCGUAUUUACUGAACUUGAGAUAGAGGCAGUGUCGGAUGUGUUUAACAGACUGAUCGGUGCUAUGUCUACAUACAACCAGACAGCUGAUGUGUAUCUUAAUCUCAGUUCCAAUAUAAACGGCACAUACUCUUACCGGAGCAGACGAUCGGCAGAAAUGGCGGGAAUGCAUGACAGUUACUUUACACAAGCUGACAUACCCGCUUUCAUGGAAGCCGAUCACAAGCCAACACUGGUGGAGGACCUCGCGCAUGCGUUUCAUAAAGCCAGUAUAAUAAUACUAGGAAUACUUGUUUUAAUGACAUUGCUGAAGGUUUUCUGCUAUGGUGUCACUCUUUUCAAGAAGAAGUUCGAGCUUUUUGAUGGGUUCAUUGUCGUCACGUCCUUUGUCAUUGACAUUGCCUUCAUCAAAGGCAUCAUGGGAUAUCCGCUAGAGGACGCUGUUGCGACCUUGGCCUUCCUCAUCCCAUGGCGCGUGAUCAGGGUCGCCAACAGUUUGGUGAUGGCGGUGAUGGACGAGGCACAUCUCCAGCUGAAAAUGAUAUACACAGAGAAAAAGAUAGCAGAGGACAAGCACGAGGAAUCCGAGUCAAACCUCAAGUAUCAAAAAAAUGUCAACAAGAUACUGAGGGACCUGUGUUUAAGCGAAGGGAUCCCCAUGUCGAGAAUCAAUGAGAAGACAGCGGGAUGUGAAAUGCCACUCUCUAUAACACGAUUGAAGAAAAGAAAGCAUUUGAGCAGCUUGAGGAAAAAGCUGAAUUGUUUCACAGCAAGCGAAGGCAGGAACUCGCUACCAUACGGCUUUUAUGUACCUCAUAAACAUUUACACAGAAAAAAUGGAAUAUAUUCAGUUGACUCUUACAAUUCCUCUGACGAUGGGUACCCUUCUGAACACACAGUUUCAAGACAUUCGUCCGUAAAAUCUAUUCCAGAUACGGUAUCAAAUGUUAUACCGGAAAUUAAAAUCCAAGACACUUCAGAAGCGAAAGAUAAAACUGAUACUACCGCUGUUAUUUCUAGUGAUAGCGACUGUGUAGUAGACGCUAAUUCACACCUGGAAAAGGUGAGUCCAGGGAGAUAUAGAAAGUCACACAACCAUGUCAAAUGGAACCACUAUGAGACGGGCGUUACGCACCGGAACUACUAAAGGACGGGCGUUACGCACCGGAACUACUCAGGAACGGGCGUUACGCACCGGAACUACUAAAGGACAGGCGUUACGAGCCGGUCCUUCUAGGAACGGGCGUUACGAGCCGGACCUACUAAGAGACGGGUGUUACGAGCCAGACUUACUAGGAAGCGUCCAUUUUAGAGAGAAACUACGUGUGCGUGAUCAUCUAAUAAACAGUGUAUCAUGCGCAUAUAUAAUGCAACUUAAGUCAACUCCACAGCGAAAAAUUAAAAGUCUCACAUUCCAAUAAACAUGUCGUU